UUUGUUGAGUCUCAGAACAACGCCACCACUGAUCCCAUUGUGUUGUGGCUUAGCGGAGGACCGGGAUGCUCUGGCGUUGCUUCUCUUCUGACGGAAUGGGGACCUUUCAUGACCAAUGACGACGGGGCAACGCUGAAGACAAACCCAUAUUCAUGGAAUAAAUACGCUUCUGUUCUUACUAUGGAUGCUCCUAGUGGUGUUGGAUAUUCGUACACUGCCGAUGGUAAGAUCGCCACUGAUGACGACCAGAUGACUACUACACCGCAGGUGGCCAAGGAGAAUUGGAAAUUUCUUGUUGCUUUUUUCAAAGAGUUCCCACAGUAUCGGAAGAAUGAUUUCUACAUUGUCGGAGAAUCUUAUGGAGGUUUGAAAGCUUUC